CGACUCUCGAAAUGCACAAAAGCCAAAACUCAUGGCAGUGUGUUCUAGAGGAAGACUCCCACUCUCGUUUCGCACAUUUCGAGAGAAGUGGAGCGAGGCCCGAUGACACACACAACACUGACAACAGCACUUGCCACUCGGCUAAGGGGGUGUUGGUCAGAGAAGAAAGGAAGCAUGACGGAGGACGUGAGCGCCAUCUCAUGCCAUUGGAAGGACCAAGGAGAGAGAUUGCCAUUGUGACAGCCGCCUCCCUACUGGGGGUACUAUGACCUGUGAUUUAUGACCAGGGCCUCUUCAGCAUCACCUGUCUGAGCAGAAGAAAGAACCAUUAGUGAUCUCACCCCCUGUGAACUAAGGCAUUGCCACUCUGGCAACAUGGGUUCUGAGCAUAACAAAGAGGGAGUACUUGAUGGCAUAACAGCUGGGGCAGCAGCUGCUAUUCCUGUUUCUGACCUGAAGGGAGUAGUCGCAAGGACGAGCGACGGUGAAGACGUGGCAAUGCCCACCGCUGGCCCUUGUGAAACUUGCAGCAUGGCUACCUGUCUAGAAAAGUGGGAAUUCCCGGGUCCGGCGGAACUGCCACGGUUUCUCCCAGGAGUUAAGGAUGGCCACCAUGAUGGUAGGAAUUCGGUGUUGAUGUCGUUGAAUCUUUUUGACAUUUGGGUGGAAUUCAAUAACCUAUGGAAAAUUGCAGCGCCAACAGUGCUGGCGAACUUGCUGUGGUUCGUCAGAGUGCUCAUAUCAAUCAUGUACCUUGGUCGUCUCAAGAAGGUUGAACUUGCAGGAUCCGUCCUUGCAAUCAGUUUCGCAGAUGUCACGGGUGUGUCUUUGGUGCUAGGGUUGGCCACAGGCAUGGAUGCGAUCUGUUCGCAGGCAUUUGGAGCUCGUAAUUACAAGCUGCUUCAGCUGACUCUUCAGCGCUCGAUCAUUAUACUGCAAUGCGUGGCUGCUUUUCUCAUUGUCACAUGCAUCACGAUCCCUUUGUCGAUCUGUGCAUGCAUUGUUCUUGCAAUCCACAUUCCACUAAAUUAUGUGUUGAUCUUCAAGGCUGGGCUUGGGUACAGAGGUGCUGCGCUAGCGACAGUCAUUACUGACACCAACUUUGCUUUGCUGCUUGUGCUUGUAAUUUGGUUAAAAACUCCGAAAGAAGGUCCUAGCAGAUGGCAUGGGUGGUCAUGGGAGUGCGUGAAGGAGUGGCGGCCAAUUCUUAAGCUAGGUGUGCCGUCUUGUGUAAGCAUAGUUGUAGAAUGGUGGUCCUUCGAACUACUCAACAUUCUUGCCGGUCUGCUUCCAAAUCCCGACACCAAUGUUGCCGCAAUGUCCAUCUUGCUGAAUUGUUCCUACACCUGUUUCAUGGCCCCCUUGGGUGUCAGCGUCUCUGCAAGCACACGGGUUGGGAUGGAGCUGGGAGCAAAUGAACCGUGGCGGGCUCGUCUUGCGGCGUUUGUGGCAUGGCUCGUUGGUGGUGGCCUCGGCGUGAUCAAUAUGCUGAUUAUAUUGUUGUUUGGCAGCCAGCUGGCCUCCUUAUUUACCAACAUCCACUCUGUACAGCUUGUUAUCGCAGAGGGGAUGCCCCUGCUUGGAGUGGCAGAGCUAUUUUUCAGUCUGCAGUACACAGGGGCCGGAAUUCUGAUGGGAUGUUCUCGCCCCAAUUUUCUGCUUGUUGUCAGCAUUGUGGCAUUCUACUGUAUAGGAUUGCCGCUCGCCAUCUGUAUCGUUUUUGUGCUGCAUUUCGGCAUUUCCGGGUUCAUGUGGGGUCUCGUCUCUGCAGAGUCCACUGCAUGCCUUGCAAUCACAGCAUAUGCAGCAUUCAUCGAUUGGGACAACGAGGCAAAGAGGGCUCAGCUGCUCGUGAAAGGCACAGAGAUUGCCAAAUCGGCUGACUGUUUGACUCGCAAUGGUGACAAGCUUGCUCACUUAGCAGCUGAGAAUGCCGAAAAGCUCAAAGGAUCCAUCGACAACUCCAACAGCAAAUGGGACAAUACUCCUAGCCAUGACAACUGUGAACACACACUCACAGUUCCACUUUUGCAUAGCCAGGCCGAAGACGAGCAAUAGUUUUUUCAUCAGAAGCGUUGGUUUAUCAUCAACAUUGCCGCUGGUUGUCUUCACAUAUCCAAGCUGCUCGUCAUUUACGUCACCCGCAUCUCUUUUUUGCCACUGGUUGCCAUUUGCAUUUCACUGUUAACGGUGGUCAUCAUCACCAUUUUGCUUCCUUAUCUUCUUCAUGAUCAUCAUUCGGACUUCUCCGUCAAAAUCGUAAUCAUCGUCAUCUUCUAUUUUCAUUACAGCGAUGCCAAUAUGAUUUUGGCCAACGGGGCUGGAGGGGGCAACGGGGGUAGUUACGGAGGAGGCAAUAAUAGCGGUGGCGGUGGAGCUUUGAUCCCGCAAGGUGAUCAGAUGAAUACGGGGGGAUAUGGAGCGGGCAACGGCGGCAGCGACGUCAACGCACCACUGAACGCAUGCUACAACUGCGGGAAGGUGGGGCACUAUGCCAGGGACUGCUGGGCGAGGAGAGGCCGACCAUAUCAGCAGAGCCAAGCUCAGGUAGACCCCGAACUAGAAGAGAUUAAGGAGCAUCACAGGAUGCUACGCAGGGAGAAACAGGAGCAAGAAGAGCGGCGUAAGGCAGAGGAAGAGCGGAAGGCAAGGGAGGAAGAGGAGGGGAAGAAUCGGAACAUGAAGAAAAGCCGGCGGAAGAGCAAGAAAUCAAGACGGAAACGAUACUCGGAUUCCAGCCCUUCCUCUUCUUCUUCUUCUUCUUCGGAGUCGAGUACAUCUAACGACAGUUCGGAUAGCACUUCCGACUCCGGUAACCUAGUCGUGAAGGGGAAGAAGCACGAAGGAAAGGACAUGAAGAGGAGGGGGACGAAGGCCAGAACCGCGAAGCCGAAGGGAAGGAAUGCGGUGUCUCCAGUCAAUCUCACUCCGAGGUUCGAGCGAGGGGAGUGCUCGAAGCAUGGAGCCGCUACACUACGCGACUCGAAUCAUGAGGAACAGCCUCAGGAGACUGAGGGCGGUCAGCGCAACGAGGAUCCUAGGACUCCGCUUACUGGUGGUUUCAAGGGGCUUUCGGCUAGCUGUUCGCAGAAAGGCCUUGUCGAGUACUGCAUCUCGGCGCACAAGAUCUACUCAGAGAAAAGCGCACCAACCCUUCAAAAGAUAUGCGACAAGAAGGGCAUUAAAUCUCUGCUUACCUGGCUCAGGAAUAACAACGUGGAGGUAGGGGCACGCAGCGAGCUGACAUUUACUCGCGGUGAAGUAUGGGUAGAUGGUUGGAAACGCCUGGUCAGGGUAUAUGGAGACACGCAGUUGAGGGUAGGGGGCGCACUACGUUUUCUCAGGGAAUCUAAGUUAGUGUUACAAUCAGGUGCGACGACGAGUUUUGUUAGCAUUGUGAAGACGAAAACGACCACCGAGAAGAACAAACGGUUCGUGGCAGGUCUACUACGGAGACCCAGACCGGUCUCUCAACUAGCUAAUCUAACCUCCAAUAAGCUUGUGGGCCUCUACAAAGCAGCCAGCUGGUUCUCUGAUAAGAAAACUAAGUCGCUGCUUCGGAUGAAGAUCGACAGGGCGGUUAGGAUGAAAACCGGUAUCAGUGUGAGGAAGAAGAUCUACGUAAAGUUGCGUUACGAUUCACGCAUCAGGAGGAAUGUUGUACGAAGGACUGUAGAGGAGGUGAUCGAGAAGAAGGUGGAGGAUAAGGCGGUGGCCGACUUUCUGGAAACCAGGGUUGCGCAUCCCCGGGUGAUCCUCCAAGCGGUCUUGGACGCUACGAAGCACCUGAAAGGCCACACCACGGACCUGCAUAUGCCUUUGGAGACACUCGACGGAAGAAGGCAUCAGGCCCUCGCUUGGACGGACGAUGACGUGAGGGAGUGGAGUAUGAAGUUCGACGGACUGGUAUUAACCCCAGUCAACCGAAACCAAGGGGACACGGCAAUUAUCUGCCCGGUGAUCUACAGACACGCAUUCGGGAGGACGUUCAUUUGGAACACGAACUACGAGAAGAUCGGACCUGUCGACAUCGAGAUGAGGUAUCUGGCCAAAUGCCGGGAAGACUUCAAGGCGACCGGACUGCGGGAAUUCGGACCUUGGCGUCCUGACGGCAGACUGGGAUCAGCUUAUGUGAUCCCCAAGCAUAAGGAUCGGGAGAAGUGGAGACCGAUUGCAUCCGCACCUUCUGAUCCUGCUGCAGUCGCACAAAAGAGGGUGGCGAAAGCGCUCCACUACCUGCUCACUCGGCUUCCGGCACAUUCUUCGUUUUACCUGAACUCGGUGUCUGAUCAGGGGGAGCGAAUGCAGGCCGCCACUCAUAGGCUCAGAAGUCUGGGUUGUUCAAAGGCAGUGGGUAGAUGCUAUGAUAUCAAGGAGAUGUUCUCCCGGAUACCGCAUGGAGCAGUUCUGCAAGCGGUGGAGCAACUCCUGGUCAGAUUUGAAGACGCCGGUUGGAAAACGGUGAAGAUCUCCUAUAGGGCCAGAGCCUGUGUUAUCAGCAAGUGUAAGAGGAAGAGUGAAGGCUACGUCACUGCGAAGUUCCGUGAUCUAUUGAAGGGAGUCCGUUUUGACUUGGAACACUCAGCCGUGAGAUGCUGGAACAAGAUCCUGAGACAGGUUUUUGGAAUCCCGAUGGGGAAAUCCACGAGCCCGGUCCUAGCAUCCAUUACGUGUGCAAUGGCGGAGCUGCGUUUCCUUAACAGCUUGGGCUCCGACCGUCGAUUGGUUUGUGGAUGGCGUAUCAUGGAUGACAUAUCGGUCAUAGCCGGCGUUGACGACACUAUUCGGGAUGAUGGAUAUCCAGCGAACCUGUUCGACAGGUUCGAGGGCAUCUACGACUCCCAUUUGGAAGUUAUCCGCAAAGAUGACUGCGGACUCACGUUUCCUCAGAAGGCGCUGGUGGAUAAUGAGACUAUUGAAAUGAGAGAAUGUUACAGGAGGAUAGUGCAGAAGGAGAGAGAAGAGAAUGAGAGGAAAGCAAGGGAAGAAAUGGAGAGGAAGAGAGUUGAAGAAGAACAGAGGAGAGAGUCAGGACGGAUGAGGGAAGCGGAGGCGAGAGUGGCAAGGCUGGAAGCUUCGAUAAUAAAGCUGCUCGCCCAGCAGAGUCGGACGAACUACGCCGUCACUUCUGGUCCAUCCUCGGUGAAGAAGAAGUCACCUACAUCUAAAGCCAGGAUACUGCGCGAGAUUCGGAGUUAUAUCGAUGAGUCGGAGGAUGAGAGUGAAGAGGUAAGAGAGGAAGCAGGGAAGUUGGUGGAUGUUAUUGAGAGGAGGAAGAAAGGCGGGAAAAAAUCGGUCCAUGUGGAAGAGGACGAAAGAUCUUACCGGGUUGGGAAGAGGGCACAUGGUACACCUGCGGAACCAAUUCAAACCCAAGAAGCGGAAGGCAUGAAGACACCAAUGAAGGGGCUAUCGGCGGCGUGCUCAAGCGAAGGGAUGAUUGAGUAUGCAUUGGAGGUACACAAUAGGAUGUCUGCGAAGAAGGUGCCAGAGCUACGGAAGAUAUGCAGUAGAGAAGGGAUCAAGUGGUUAAAAAGAGACGAAGUCAUAUGCAAGCUGGUAAGGUGCAGGACGAAAUUAGCUUACGAAGGUUUUGUUGAGAAGAAGGAUGACGUUUCUCCUCUGAAUGAGAAGUGAGGGAUAUAGAUGUGAAUGUACCGAGUUCUAUGGAGGAAUUAGAGAGAUGUAUGUUGCACAAGAAAG